CCUCAUUUCUCUGUAGACAUCAUCAUGGACACCAAUAACUGUGUUUUCCCCACAUUCCUGUGCAUUUUUCUGAUGUUGGCACACUGGUACUCAAGUUCAGCUUGUCACACUGGCUCUCAGGCAGAAUGUGAAAAAGCUCCAUUUGUGCCUGGUUACAAUCUAGCAGGAGAAGGAUUUGAUGUAGUCAAGAUGCGUCGUAAAGGUGCCUUUCUGAUUAAUGUCAAGUCACACAUGGACAACGGUACCUGCACCAUCUGCAAGAACCGCUUUCAGGGAGGUCAGAUGCAGAAACUUCCCUCAGCCGUGCUGGACUGGCGUCCCUUCAGCCGCUGCAGCAAACAGCUUUCUAGUGCUCUUCAUCAUUCUGUUGACUCCCUCAUGAAGAGUUCAACGUCACUUGUUAAUAAUAACUGGGAAAUGGAUCUUAGCCUGGAUGACAUGGGAAAGGUGAUUUUUGGAGGGAGUCGAUCAGAUAUUGCUCAAUUUGCCCAUUCUCAGAAUACAAUGGAUAAGGCAACAUUUGCCCUUCAUGAGAUCAGCUGUACAUACUACAGUUACAGAAUAACAGACCAUCCAGAGCUCAGCGGUGAAUUCUUAAAACAUCUCCAGAAGCUUCCGGCACGCUAUGAUGCACAAACAAAACCUUUGUACCGAAUGACCAUUGAUACAUACGGCACUCACUACAUACGCCAAGUCCAUCUGGGAGGGCGAGUGAGGCGGGUCACGGCUUUUCGAACAUGUCUUGCAACCCUGAAGGGCUUCUCAGAGACCGAUAUCAAAAACUGUUUGAAUAUUGAGUUAAAAAUCACUUUGGGGUUCUUGCCAGGCAAUGCCUCGCUUUCCAACAAAUGCUCUCAAAUACUUAAGGAUAAUCUGAGCAUGGGUUUCUACCAGGGCUUCAUGACACACAAGACAGAGGUGCUGGGUGGAGAGAAAUACUUCCCAGACCUUGUUUUAAACCAAAGCCCAGCUGAAGCUUACACAAACUGGAUGAUGAGCUUGCAUGACAACCCUGACGUUAUUUCAUAUGCUAUUUUCCCUCUCCAUCAUCUGGUGGCGGAUCCUGAAGUUAGUUCCAACCUAAAAAAGGCAGUAACAGAAUAUAUUGAGGAGAACAUGAUUUCUGUAGACCACAAGGAGAAUCAAGAAUGCUCUCAAACAUCAAAUCUGGAUCAUAACUGCUGUCCUAUGAGAGCCGGUCGUGGCACAUUAAUAGUGUUAGUGCAGAGAGCAGCAGCACUGAAGGCUGAUCUCUUCACACGCACUGAUGGUUAUGUCAAAGUCUGGUAUAACCUAAUGUAUGAAGAAACUGAGGUGGUUAUGAACAAUAAUGAUCCUGAGUGGAAUAUCACCUAUAAUUUUGGAUCAGUUGAGUUUGGUCAUGAACUCAUAUUUGAGGUGUGGGACAGUGAUGUGAUUUAUAAUGACAUGGUGGGGAAAUGUGUGGUCAGUCCUGAACGUGGGAUUCACUCACACAGCUGUAAAUUAAAGAAAGGUGUCCUUUAUUUCACCUACAAGGCUUCUUGUGAUGCUCAUCUGACUGGACCCAGGUGUAGCAGAUAUUCACCAAAAAUGUGAGACCUCUGUAUUUGUAUAGAACAAAGCUUACAGGCCAAACAUAAUUAGAAAAUGAAUAAUUUUAUAUAAUCUAUUUGAACAUACUGAUGUCAUGUUAAAAGUGUAUGUACUUUUUACUUAUGCUCCACAUUUAAAUUAGUUCAAUUUUUAGCAAAUAGAAAGAUGAUUAUUGAGAAACGCGGCUAUUUGAGGGCAAUGGCUGCAUACAAAUUAACCAAUAAAUGAUUAAUAACUGAUUAUGUAUACUUUAUGUACUGUGCUUUUUUAUGUGCACUUGUUUGCAAUGUACACUUAAACAUAAACGCUAAUUGUUUCUAAAUAUAUGUCUGUCAUUUUGUUAAAGAAUGUUUACUAUAAAAGCAUUAAAUAGUUCAAACACUCCAAGGGUGACAUAUUUCUGAAAAAAUAUAAAUAAAUAACAGUUUUGCUUUUGGUGAU